CUUACUGUUUGGCAUCAUAAUCCUCUGUGUGUGCUAUCUGCAGCUACAGAUGCUCAACAGAAGUCUGACUACAGAGAAGGAAAACCUUGAGAGAGAGAACAAGAGUCUGAAAACAAUUAGAGGUUCUCUGAACCGAACACUGGAGGCUAUUUUCCGGUUUAGUAAUCUUCCCGUGAACAUGUUUUGUCCUGUGACUAAAUCUGGUGCAAAAGAGAGACGGUGUUCAGUAUGCCAAGUGGGUUGGAAACCCUACAAUUCCAGCUGUUACUACGUAUAUCUUAGCAGCCCUUGGAAUACCUGGUCUGGAAGCCGCCAGGAAUGUAUUAAAAUGGGGGCAGAUCUGGUAACGAUAGACAGUGAAGAUGAACAGAGGUUCAUUAGUGAACUUGCCACAAAUUACUAUGACAAGUGGCACGGUUACUGGAUCGGACUGAGAAGGAGUUCAAAUGGAUGGUUCUGGGUGAAUGGCGAUCCACUGACUACAGGGUUUUGGAUUAGUGACCCAACCGACAAACAUGCGAGCCAGUGUGUGUUAACAAAUACAGUCAAUGGCACCUUGUAUAGCUGGAGGGAUGAGAAUAACUGCCAUUUCCAUAACCGGUGGAUCUGUGAGAGCAAAGCUUUGAUAUUCUAAGUUUUCGAUCGUUGUGUAACAGAGACACAGAGCAGCGUGAAGUCAUCUAGCUGUAACUGUAUCCCAAGAACCUGUAUGGUUUUGAGCUCUGCUGUUUUGCUACCUUGUGACACCAGUACUCAAGUCAAAUAGUACUUAAAUCAAAGAUGUGUAUUCUACAGA